AUGAGACAUGCCGUUGCCGUGUCCAACGGCGUAAGAAGCAUCAAAUUUCAUUCGCUCUCUGUCCGCUAUCCAGCCCUGAGGUGUCUUUCUUCCUCUGCGUGUAGGCACAGCCCACAACAUCCCAGCAGCCCCGAUGCUCUCGAUCCGCGCCUGGAAGACCUGGGGAACGUUAUCAGAGAUGAAUAUGCGAUAAUUAGGGAGAACUACAAUGCCCCAAAACAUGCAGUUGUUCUCGCGCAUGGCCUGCUUGGAUUCGCUGAGCUGCGUCUUGCUGGACGUUAUCUUCCUGGAGUUCAAUAUUGGCGUGGUAUCAAGGAAGCUUUAUCGAUGCAAGGGGUUCGGGUCAUUACUGCCACAGUGCCUCCCUCCGCAUCCAUCGAAAUGCGUGCUGAAGAAUUAGCGAGAGAUAUCGCCGCCGGUGCACCCGGAGAACAUGUAAAUAUUAUUGCUCAUAGCAUGGUAAGUGCAACGGUUACCUGCCAUUACGGGAGCUGUUGCUGA